CACUACUGUAGGACAAAAAAUAUAGCCACAGAUUAUAUAGCUAGCUAGCAAGAUAGCUAGAGAAACGUAAACGCAAAGAAGCAAAUGAAAGUCCACUAAUCAUGUAUUAUACAUCGACUACAAUACUACAUUUACUAUGGAUAUGUCUGCUCUGUCUUACCCUGCUGAGCCCAUAUUCAUUUGCUGGUAAAAUGAAGAUUGUUGAGGAACCAAAUACAUUUGGGCUCAACAAUCCCUUUUUGGCCCAAGGAAGUAGACUCCAGCCCAAGGUGACUCCAGGCCCAGUGUCAGGACCAGCACAUCUCCACCGACUAGCAGGAAAGUGCUACAGUUACAUAGAGUCCACGUAUAAAUAUGAAUUCUGUCCAUUCCACAACAUCACCCAGCAUGAGCAGUCAUUCAGGUGGAAUGCUUACAGUGGCAUACUGGGAAUCUGGCAGGAGUGGGAGAUUGUGAACAACACCUUUUUGGCCAUGUGGAUGAGAGAAGGAGAUGCCUGUGGGAAUGAAAAUAGGAGAACAAAGGUCAUUCUGACCUGCGGUGGAAGUAGCAAGUUGGCUCAAGUGUCAGAGCCCACUACCUGUGUGUAUUCUCUAACCUUUGAGACCCCACUUGUAUGCCACCCGCAUUCUCUCUUAGUGUACCCAACUCUGAGUGACAAGCUGCAGAUGGAAUGGGAUGAAGCCGAACAAGCCCUCUAUGAGAACCUCAUUACUGAGCAGGGCUACAAUAAUAUACUGAGGGAUAUUUUUGAGGAUGCUGGUUUCCUAAAGAGCCAAAAGGUAAAGGAGAAGCCGGAGAUCACAACUACCUCAAAGACACAUGAUUCCUUGCAGAAAUGCAAUGAGGACGUCCGUAAACAGAGUGAAGAGAUUGCGAGAUUGCAAGCUCUUCUCACUCAACAUAACAUUCCCCAUGAGUCAAAGGCGGCUAAGGCGAAGAUUCCAGUGACUGUGCAAAAUCGGCACCUGAGGGGGGACAACGGCCUCAUCGCAGACCUACUCUGAGGAUCUCAGACAUUUACACAAAAUAUUAAUAAUUGCAGACCACAAACUGGACAGCAGAGAAGGCAGAUGUCACACAGUUAACAUGCCAGUUCCACAUUAGAGAAUUCAAGUAUUUAAAAAAAUACAACUUUAGAGAAUCAACCAUGUUUUCUUGACUGUGACAUUUACUCUGAGUGACAAGCUGCAGACUACCAGUAGUCUCCAAUGGCAUAGCUACAUUCUUAGAAUCAUUGUUUUUCAACUCCAUUGUCUGUCUAGACUGAAAUCAUACCUCUGCUAUCAAAGGAAGGACGCUGAAGAUUUAAAUUGUUUGAUUCAGAUUUUUUUUUUUUUUUAAAGAAAAUAAAAAGUUACAGCCUUGAGCAAA